AUGGAGCCCAGAGUUUUCACUUCGCAGCAGCGAGACCUUCCGAUAGUGAGGCUAAACAACCGAGCGAUGCAGAGCCUGCGCAAAACAAAAGUCUUCAAAAAUGUCCAUCAAGAACAGGUCUGCACUCUAGACUUUUCGGUUGAUGGCGAAAUCGUAGCGGCCGGUGGUGAUGAUGGCCUCAUCAGUGUGUACAGCGCCGUUCAAGGCAGACUCUUGACGACAAUACCAGUGAAACGCUACGGGUGCGGUGUCAUUCGCUUCGGUAACCACAAAUCUGCAGUACUAUGCGCAAGCAAACCAGUUCUGGACCCCGGCAGCGGUUCACUCCAAGCCCGGGCACCGGACAAUGCGCCGCUGUCCUGGGACGAUCAUAUUCGCUAUCUGUCGUUAACGGAGAGCAAAUACAUACGGUACUUUCGUGGUCAUCGUGCGCGCGUUGUUUCCAUCGCAGUGACGCCGAAUGAUGAUUCGUUCAUGUCAGCAGCAUUGGACGGCACCAUGCGGCUCUGGGACAUUCGUUAUCCCCAUUGUGCAGGCGUGCUGCAGGUACGAGGGCGCCCCGCAGUUGCCGUCGAUCCAUCUGGUCUUGUCGCUGCAGUAGCAUUCAGUGACCUGUUGAAACUCGUGAUUAAGCUCUACGAUCUCCGCAAAUGGGAUGAGGGCCCAUUUAUCGACUUUGAGAGCAACGUAACAACCUCUGAGCCAACCGUACUCAAGUUUAGCGGCGACGGCCGCUCACUGCUCGUAGGUGCGGCUGAACCGAAUCCACGCAUUCAGAUACUGGACGCAUUCAACGGUUGUCUGCAGACACUCUGUAGAGGCCACGCGAAUGACCAGGCCUAUGAGCUUGACGCAUGCUUUAGUCCGGACUCACAGUACGUGCUUUCGGGAUCAGAAGAUGCAAGCAUUCACAUUUGGGAAAGGGCGACGGGGAAUCCGUGUCACGUUCUGCACGGGCAUUCCAUGUAUUCGCGGGCGUUAGGGUUUAAUCCGCAGUACGCACUGCUCGUAAGCGCGUGUCAGAAUGUGGUCUUCUGGCAACCAGACCCGGCAACACUCGACUAUGUUUGA